UCGUGUAACAUAUGUCUCUUCGGCUAUUACAUCAUUACUGAUAUGAAUAAUAACGAAUCAUUUGUGCAGAUCGGUAUGUUUACCUUUGCACUUUUGUCGACUAUUUUCAACAUAUUCAUGUUCUGUUACAUCGGUGAUUUGCUCAAAGAACGCUGCCAAAGAGUGGGAAUCGCUUGUUACGCAAUCGAAUGGUACCGGAUGCCAUCCAGGAAGGCACUUGAGCUACUUAUGCCGAUGGCAAUGUCUCAAUAUCCUAUGACACUUACCGCAGGAAAAAUGAUAACAAUGACACUUUCUACAUUCAGCGACAUCUUAAAAACGUCAAUGGCCUAUUUCAAUUUACUCCGUGAAUUUUCCUCGCGAGACAUUACAAGAACAUGA